AUGUCUUCCAUAGAUCAAGACAGUGUGGUCUUGAUUUUAGCCACAGAGAUCAUGACAGCUGUCUACUACAUCGAGCAAGUCUCGCGAGAGCUGGAGCGAGAGUACAGCGCCCUGACGGUGGAGCCCUUUGGUGGACUGUUCAUGGACGGAUUACGUCACGUUGCUGGGCGACCGGAGCCCAAGCUGGUCCUGUUCCUAGGCAACAGUCUCGGGAACGUCCCCAUCGAUGAGCAGGUUGCCAUGGUGAAGGAGGUCAGAGGUCAUCUCAGCGCUGGCGACAGGCUCGUGUUGGGACUGGACAUGAACGUCGACCGGAAGACCCUGCUGAAAGGCUACCGUGCCGAGAACUCACAAGGGCUGUCUCCGUUCUUAAACAACUUCAUCGACCGCCUGAACAAGGACUUUGACGGAGACAUGGAUAAGACGAAGUUUGAAGACACGGUCGACUUCGUGCAGAGCCCUGCUGAAGGAGACACGCCGAGCUAUAUCCGAAAAUACCUGAAAAGUUCCGAAUCGCAACGCGUGCACCUGGGAAAGCUCGGCCUCACUGUUGGCUUCCCGGCCGGCGAGAAGCUUUACCUGUCUGAAGGUCCUAACUACAGCUGCAAAUUCAGCCAGCAUCAGGUGCGCCGUCUGGCGGAGAAGAGCGGCUUUGCAGUGAAAGGCCUCUGGGCUAACGAAGAGGCAAAAUUCUGCUUGGUGUGCCUAGCCCCAAAUGAAGACAUAGCUGCAUGAACAUUAUGGAACAAUUGGAUAAAGUCUCUAACUCCGUCUAGUGCUUAUCACUGACAGCUAGAUUUUAUUAAUGACUGGAACAAAUACUAUUAGGAGAGAAAAAUUAAAUUUCACUUACUGUAACCUUGUACCAAA